AUGUCUUACGGUUAUCGCGGCGGACCUCCUCCUCAGCAGCAGCAGGGCGGCUAUGGUGGCCAGCAGCAGCAGCAGCAGCAACAGCAGCAGCAACGCCCGGGUGCUCAGCCCCCGAACACGGACCAGCUCCAGUAUUGGUUCCGCGCCGUUGACAGUGAUGCCAGCGGUCAGCUGGAUGCCGGCGAGCUGCAACGCGCUCUAGUUAAUGGCGACUGGAGCCAGUUCAGCAUGGACACUGUCCGUCUGAUGAUCGGCAUGUUCGACCGUGAUCGCAGCGGUACCAUCAGCUUCCAGGAGUUCAUUGGACUCUGGUCCUACAUCAACGACUGGAAGGAAUGCUUCCGUGCCUUUGAUCGUGACAACUCGGGCACCAUCGACCGCGCGGAGCUGCUCCAGGCUUUGAACGCAUUCGGCUUCCGCGUGUCCCCCCAGGUCGUCGACUCGCUGGUUCGCAAGUACGAUAUUCAAGGGGCAAAUGCAGGUCGUGGUGCUAUCACCUUCGACAACUUUAUUAACGCCUGUGUCACUAUCCGCUCGCUGACUGAUACGUUCCGUCGCCAUGAUACUGACCAGGACGGAUGGGUUAACAUGAGCUACGACACUUUCCUCCAGCUGGUGAUUUCGAACAAGUAA